AUGGGGAAGGCGGUGGUCUAUCCCCUUCUAGCCACCGUCUUCAUCAUCUUCAUGUUCCUCUCCCCAAAGAACCAAGGUGACCAUAGUCGUCUUGGCCUUAGUCGCCGCCUAGGUUACAAAUUUCCGGCACCAAAUUUUGACCCUCUGCUAACAAGAUUGGAAAGAGCAGCCGAGGAAAGAGGAUCGAGCAAUGCAGAAGAGGAUUCUCACAUCGAAGACAUUCCCGAUGCACAUGAAUAUCUCGGCGAUGAAGGGAAGUUGAAUAUCACCUUGAGAUUGAUGUUUUUAUUUCCCGGGUUAGAUAAUGCACCAAAUGAUGGGUUUGUCACUCCAUUGGAGAUGGAGGCUUGGAAUAUAAAUCAAGCAAUGGAUCGUUUGAGUUACAGAACACACAAAGAGAUUGAAUUAAAAGAUAAAAAUGGGGAUGGAGAUAUUACUUUUGAAGAGUAUCUGCCCCAAUUUUCUGAAGAAGAUAUAGAAAAAAAUGAAAUGGGGCAUGGUGAAGCUGGAUGGUGGAAGCAGAGGUUCAUGACUGCAGAUGUUGAUGGCAAUGGAUCCCUCAGCUUCGACGAGUUCAACACUUUCUUGCACCCAGAAGACAGUAACGAUGGAGCAAUGCAGAGAUGGGUUUUGACUGGAAAAAUUAAGGAGAUGGAUGGUGAUGAAGAUGGGAAGCUCAACUACGAGGAGUUCUCUCGACACGCGUACAAGAUUUACAGAGAAUUUGAAGCUUCUGGGGACGAUUAUGUAUCCACAUCUGAUGACAAGUUUUCCGGGCUUGAUUUGAACAAUGACAAAUUACUGGAUGAGGAGGAACUAAUACCUAUACUUCAUUUUCUUCAUCCUGGAGAGCUUUCAUAUGCUAGAUAUUACUCUGGUUAUCUAAUCCAUGAGGCUGAUGAUGAUGGGGAUGGCAGGCUAACGCUGGAUGAGAUGAUGAACAAUGAAUAUUUAUUUUACAGCACAAUUUACGAUGAUAGUGAUGAGGAUUAUGAUCAUUUCCAUGAUGAACUAUGAAAAGCUUCAAUUCAAU